UCGCUCCGCGCCGGACUCCGCUCCGCGGCCCCGCUCCGCGUUUUGCGGCGCGCCGCCGCUCUGCCCCAGCUGACUGGCAGUACUUGUUUACUGGUGGAGGUACACAGGGAGAGACGAGAGGGGGAAAACCAUACCGCCGACAACACGAGAGAAGUUUUUUUUCCCCACUUUCAGCCCGUUCCCACGCCGACGAGUUCGUCGAAGCCGCGCGCCGGGGUCUCGCGGACGGAUCCGGGCGGUUUCGUGGUCAGGCCGGACACGCGUUGGACGCCGCUCUUGUUGAUUAACGUGGAAGAUUAAAACGCGACGCGGCCGCGACGCGCGCACGCUCACACACUUCUGGAGCAUUGUGCUGGAAGCGAAGGCUUUUAGGGGAACAUCCAGGUUUUUUAUUGGGCUCUGGACGCUUUGUGUUUACCCAGACGCGUGCGGAUGUUUGAUACCAGGGCACGGUGGAUUUUUUUUGGUCAGUAGAGGAGCAAAAAAUUAUUUUUUGGUGCGUGUGCGUGCGGAGAUGAGGAGAUGCCCGUUUUUUACAGGAACAUUUGGCAGUGCGUGAAACGACCUGUGGAAUAACGCCUAUUUAUUUAAUUGUUUUGCUUCUUCCUUAAAGAGGCGUUAAAAAGAUUUUUUCGACUGUUGGGAAGCGUUCGUUGUAAGCAUUCGGGAUAUUUUUUUUUACUGCGUGCUGUUAUUUUCCUAACACGUUUUUCGAGCCCAAAACGGGGGUAUGAAAAAGUUGCGAUGCGCUGUACCCUUAAGGGUACCUCAUUCCUAGAAGUGUGGGAUUGAUUCCGUGGAAGAAAUGCAUGGACGUUUUUCAUGCUUGAUCUACUGAACGCAAAGAUGAAUCCGAGAAACCGUUCAAAAUGAUGCUCGUCCACUUAUUUUUCACGAGGGUGCAAGAUCAUGUUAUUUAACGCUCGUGCUGUGCAGGCGACGACUACUUAAACUGAACGUUAUCUUCGACCGAAGCACGCCGGACCCCUGGGUCCCCUUCUUGGGGGGUCUCGUUUAAGUCGUCCCUGACUUUUUUUUGGGCCUGGAUAUAAGAUAAUUAAGGUUUUGUUUUUGUCCCCUCGCUCCACGGCCGUUUUUUUUAUUUGGACGCACCAGAGGUGGAUUUAAUUUCCCAAGAAAACUAAAACGUGUCGCGGAGCAUAAUGCGGCUGGACACAUCUGUGGUUGUUUUGGUCACUUUCGCCUACAUCUCGUGUUUCUGCGGAUCGCUACGUGGAGAAAUUUGUCCCAGCACGGAUAUUCGCAACAAUGCGACCCACCUGCGUGUUCUGGAGAACUGCACGGUGAUCGAGGGCCACCUGAAGAUCCUGCUCAUGUUCAAGCCCAGACUGGAGGACUUCCGGGGCUUGAGCUUCCCCAAGCUGGUCGUGAUCACCGACUUCCUGCUCCUCUUCCGCGUCUACGGCCUGGAGAGCCUGGGCGACCUCUUCCCGAACCUCACGGUCAUUCGUGGCAACAACCUCUUCUUCAAUUACGCCCUGGUCAUGUUCGAAAUGAUCCAGCUGAAGGAGAUCGGCCUCCACAGCCUCACCAACAUCACGCGAGGAGCGGUACGCGUCGAGAAGAACCCCAACCUCUGCUAUCUGUCCACCCUCGACUGGUCCAAGAUCUCCGACUCGGUGGAGGACAACUACAUAGUGGCUAACAAAGAUGAGCGGGAGUGCGGCGACAUUUGCCCGGGUACCAUCACGGGGACAAUAACCUGCAAACAGACCACCAUUAACGGGAAUUUCGGCGAGCGUUGCUGGAACCAGUACCAUUGCCAACGAAUCUGCCCUUCCGAAUGCGUCCACGGUUGUACCCCCCACAAGGAGUGCUGUCACGACCAGUGUCUGGGCGGCUGUUCCGUGCCAGGAAACUCGACCAAAUGCGUGGCUUGUCGCAACUUCCUGUUCGGCGACACCUGCGUGGAGCGCUGCCCGCCGGGCUACUACACCUUCAAGGGAUGGCGCUGCGUGUCCUUCCAUUUCUGCCAGGACCUCCACAACCAGUGCAAGGGCAAGAGCGGCGACUGCCACGAAUACGUCAUCCACAACGGAGCCUGUAUCCCAGAAUGCCCGUCUGGAUACACCACCAUGAACUCUACCUCGUUGAACUGCACGCCGUGCACCGACCGGUGUCCCAAACUGUGCACUGGGACGAAGACGGUGGACUCGGUCACCGCCGCUCAAGCUCUGCGAGGCUGCACGGUGCUCAACGGCAGUCUGACCAUCAAGAUCAGCAAAGGAAAUAAUAUCGUGGCGGAGCUGGAGUCUAGUCUGGGUCAGCUGGAGGAGAUCACGGGCUAUCUGAGCAUCCGCCGAGCCUACGCUCUCGUCUCGCUCUCCUUCCUCCGCAAGCUGCGCGUCAUUCACGGAGACACACUGGAGAACGGGAACUUCUCGUUCUACGCCUUUGACAACCAGAACCUGCGGCAGCUGUGGGACUGGAACAAACACAACCUCACCAUCCUCGGCGGCAAGAUGUACUUCGGCCACAACUCCAAGCUCUGCAAGUCUGAGAUCCACCGGAUGCAAGAAGUGACCGGGACAAAGGCCCGGGAUACCGAAAUCAGGAUCCCGGCGUACGCGGACCUGGCCUUAUGCGACAACCAAGUUCUUAAUUUCACGCUGAUCCGUACGAUGUCCGACAAAAUCCUCAUUAAGUGGCAAGCGUUCUGGCCCUCGGACUUCAGAGACCUUCUGGGGUUCAUGGUCUUCUACAAGGAAGCUCCCUUUAAGAACGUGACUGAAUACGACGGGCAGGACGCCUGUGGCUCUAACAGCUGGGCGAUCGCAGACGUGGAGCCUCCCGAACGCAGCUCCGAGGGCAAAGGUCAGAGCGAUCCGGGUCUGCUCAUCAUGCCCCUGAAGCCCUGGACCCAGUAUGCUAUCAUGGUGAAGACCCAGCUCGCCGCCUCCGAUGACCACCUCGUCCGAGGAGCCAAGAGCGAGAUCAUCUACGUCCGCACCAAUGCCACCCGACCCUCUGUACCCCUGGACCCCAUUUCCUGGUCCAACUCCUCCUCCGAGAUCAUUCUGAAGUGGAAACCGCCCUCGGACCCCAACGGCAACAUCACACACUACAUCGUUUACUGCCAGAAGCAGGACGAGGACAUCACGCACUACAAGUUCGACUACUGCCAGCAAGGGAUGAAAGUGCCGUCCCAUACGCCGACGCAUCACAACAUCGAAGAAGACCAGAAGUGGAACCAAACCGAGGUGCCCGACCAGAAGGGCCGCUGCUGCGCCUGCCCCAAAACAGAGACGCAGCUGAAGAAGGAGGCCGAAGAGACAGAGUUCCGCAAGACCUUUGAGAACUACCUCCAUAAUGAAGUGUUUGAACCCAGACCCCAUCGGCGGCGGCGCUCAGUUGGCGUGGCCAAUGCUACUUUGCCUAAUUUCUCAAGCACAUUGUCCAGCCUGCCCAACUUUUCCACCAUGUCAAGCCCAGAGAAGGACAAGAGUCAGAAGUUGGAGUUCAAAGCCAACUCCAAAGAGUUCAUGGUCAUCUCCAACCUGGUCCACUUCACCAGCUACCAGAUCGAGAUCCUGGCCUGCAACCAUCCCAUCGAUCAGAACCGCUGCAGCAUGCCGACAUACGUCAACGCCCGCACCCUGCCUGAACUAAAAGCUGACAACAUCGUUGGGCAUGUGACUCACGAGUUCUUCCCAGACGAACCAGAAUUUGUCUACAUCAAAUGGCAGGAGCCGAGAACACCCAAUGGCAUGAUCAUACUGUAUGAAGUCAAAUACAUGAGAAUGUCGGAUAACUAUGAGGAUCAAAUAUGUGUGUCUAGAAUCGUUUAUGAAAAAAUGAACGGCUAUCGGUUACGAGUAGGGCAUCCUGGGAAUUACAGUGUGAGAAUACGUGCCACUUCCCUGGCCAGCAACGGCUCCUGGACGGAGCCUGCAUACUUCUUUGUUCAAGACAGGGAUAUGAACAUGAAAGUCAUCAUCGGCCCGCUUGUCUGCCUCAUUGUACUGGUGUUUCUGGUCAGCACGGUCUUCAUUUUCGUCAGGAAGAAACAAACUGAAGGACCAACUGGCCCUCUGAUUGCUUCCUCGAACCCAGAAUAUAUAAGUGCGAAUGAUGUGUAUAUCCCAGACGAAUGGGAGGUGCCUCGGGAGAAGAUCAGCGUUUUAAGAGAACUCGGUCAGGGAUCGUUUGGAAUGGUGUACGAAGGCAACGCUAAAGACAUCGUCAAGGGCGAACCGGAUACACGAGUGGCCGUUAAAACCGUCAACGAGUCGGCGAGCCUGCGCGAGAGGAUUGAGUUCCUCAACGAGGCUUCGGUCAUGAAAGCCUUUAGCUGCCAUCACGUGGUCCGCUUGCUUGGUGUGGUAUCUAAGGGGCAACCGACAUUGGUCGUCAUGGAACUGAUGACACACGGAGAUCUGAAAAGCUACCUGCGUAGCCUGAGACCUGAUGCUGAGAAUAACCCAGGUCGCCCGCCGCCAACCCUGAAGGAGAUGAUCCAAAUGGCAGCUGAGAUAGCAGAUGGCAUGGCGUACCUCAACGCUAAGAAGUUCGUCCACAGAGACCUCGCUGCCAGGAACUGUAUGGUGGCUGAUGAUUUCACUGUGAAAAUUGGAGAUUUUGGCAUGACGCGAGACAUCUACGAGACCGAUUACUAUCGAAAGGGAGGAAAAGGCUUAUUGCCUGUAAGAUGGAUGGCGCCAGAGUCCCUAAAAGAUGGCGUUUUUACCGCUCAUUCAGACUGCUGGUCUUUCGGAGUGGUGUUAUGGGAGAUCAGCACGCUUGCCGAGCAGCCUUACCAGGGACUGUCCAAUGAGCAAGUGCUCAAGUUUGUCAUGGACGGGGGCUACCUGGACAGACCGGAGAACUGUCCAGAGAGAAUGCACAACCUCAUGCAGAUGUGUUGGCAGUACAACCCGAAGAUGCGGCCCACCUUCCUCGAGAUCAUCGAGAUGAUCAAGGAGGACCUGCACCCUACUUUCCAAGAGGUCUCGUUCUUCUACAGCGAGGAGAACAAACCUCCCGAGAGCGAGGAGUUCGACAUGGACUUCGAGAACAUGGAGAGCAUACCACUGGACCCCUCAUCCUAUUCCCAGCGCGAGGAGAGCCUCAGUAGAGACAACGGCCCCUCGGUGGGCCUACGGGGCAAUUACGAGGAGCACGUGCCCUAUACGCAUAUGAACGGUGGAAAGAAAAACGGCCGAAUUCUGUCUCUACCCAGAUCUAGUCCGUCCUAACAUUCGCUUCAGCUUUUUCUCUUCGUUUUUUUUUUUUUUUAUUUUUAAGAAAAGUUUUUAAAUGCGUUAUUUUUGCAGAGGCCCUUAAAAGAUACAGAUCUCAGGUCUUUUUUUUGUUGUCGUCGUCGUUGUUGUUUUCGUCUCACGGCUACACUAGUAGGGUCACAACGAAAACGGACGUUAUUUCGCCCGUCAUCCGACGCACCAUUCGCUUUCUGACACUUUUACACUUUUGCCAAGUUUCCAAGACAGUUUGGUUGGGAGGUGGGGAAAAGCAAACUGUGAACAUGACUAAAUCAACCAGAAAAGCUGCUUCGGCUACGCCACCUCAAAGUCCACUUCCUUCUCCCUUUGGAUGCGUAUUUCCUGUCUCUUUCUCUAUUUUUUAUUCAGUGGAAAUCUUUUAAGAUAGUGGCCUUUUAUUAAGUGGCCUAUAAAAAGAGAAGCGUCUAUCGAUGCUUGUGUUAAUUUCUUUAGAACAAUGACUUUACAGUGUGGAACUAUGGGAUGGCUUAUUCUUUUAGAACAAACCUUUGUUUUGUAGAGGAAUGACUUUUAUUUUGUCCUGGAGAAUUCCUGAAUUCACUUAGAUGAUAUUCACGUGGUGUUCUGGUGAAUGAGGUUUAACUUAUUUGCUUUAUUUUUAUUUUUUUUUCUCUGAGCUUUUUACUCCUGUGUCCUUUUUUACUGGCUGAAGGAUAUUUAACGAAUUGGACAAAAGAGUUCCUCAGACUGACCAAUAGCUGCUGCUCUGAUAUAUAGUGGGUAUUUGAUUUUAUAUAUAUAUAUAUAUAUAUAUAUAUAUAUAUAUAUAUAUAUAUAUAUAUAUAUAUAUAUAUAUAUAUAUAUAUAUAUAUAUAAUAUAUAAUAUUUUAAAUAUUGAUUGGUAUCAGUAUUUUAAAUACUAUUCACAACAUCUGAACUUUUGUACAUAAUUGUAAUGUCUUUUUCUAAUGUCUUCAUCAGCUUUGCUUAUACAAUAUUUUUUGCAACUGUCUCUUUUUACGAGCUGUUUUUUUUUUUUUUUAUGUCUAACCAAAAAAUACUCGCGUUCCUUAACGCUUAAGUUGACUCACAGUGAUGUCCCAGCGCGCAGCGGGGAGCCUUUUAGUUUUUGGCCCAAACUCGACGCAUUUCAUUUAGGAAUAAUUACAAUCAUAUUAAUAUUAACACGAUCGCUCCGUUCAAGGGAAGACACGUUUUUCAGAUUUUCUGUCAUCAAUUGGAUUUUGUAGAAUGCUCCUCCCAUUUACUUUUUUUGGGGAUUCCGAAAGCUGUCGUGGAGAAUGUUUUGGAGCGUUCUGUUUGUUUGGAAUACGAGAGGUUGUUUUUGGCUUGAUUUACCUGAUUUUUCAGGUGCGUUUAGGAUGUUGUUGUGAAAGACGCGCUUUGCAGAGGGAUUUUAGGCGGUUCGGUUUUCGACAGCAGAAAUAUCCCACCUGGUAAUAUCUCGAUUGGAUCAUUUAAACAUUCCUGUAAUUUUUCCCUAAACUGUUAAAGUAUCAAAGGUGAGUGUAGUUUUCGCAAAAUAACGACGUUUACGCUCCGGUUCUGAGAAAGACCACAUGGAAGGUAAACUUCCUUUCUUCAUUAGAACGAUGGCGCUUUUCCCCCAAAAUAAUCCUUUAAAGAAAAAAGCAGACAGCUUUCGUAGGCAGAUGCUCAAUUCCUCAACUUUUGUGCCUUCUCCGAUCGCCAGAGGCAAGAGAGAUGGCGCUUUUACUGGAUCUUGCUUGCUAUCAUCAAAAUGUGCGCAUUUCUUGUGUGCGCGCGCGCGUGUAUAUUUGUGUGUAUGUAUAUUUAUUUGUGGAUAGUUUGGGAGGAAAAUGACAGAACGAGGCUUAAAUUCACACAUAAGCGUGUUUGCCUUUUUUUUUUUUU